CUAUCAUCUGCGUUUGACACAGUUAACCACCAGAUCCUUACUUCCUCCCUUCAAGAACUAGGUGUCUUAGGCUCUGCACUUACCCUACUCUCAUCCUAUCUUCAAAACCAAACAUACAGAGUAGCAGAACGGAUCUCCGCUUGUCUGACCGACAUCUCAGUGAUGUCUGACCAUCAUCUGAAACUCAAUCUCGACAAGACCGAGUUUCUUUUUCUCCCAGGAAAGGGCUCUCCCACCACAGAUCUGACCAUCACCCUCCACAACUCUGUGGUAGCUCCUUCUCAUACCGCAAGGAACCUGGGUGUGACACUUGAUGACCAUCUCUCCCCCCCUGCCAACAUUGCUGCAACAGCUCGAUCUUGCAGAUACAUGUUGCACAACAUCAGAAGGAUACGGCCUCUCCUAACCCAGAAGGCGGCCCAGGUUCUGGUCCAGGCUCUUGUUAUCUCACGCUUGGAUUACUGCAACGCCCUCCUGGCUGGUCUCCCUGCCUGUGCCAUACGACCUCUGCAGCUCAUCCAGAAUGCAGCAGCUCGACUGGUCUUCAACUUACCAAAGUUCUCCCACACUACACCGCUCCUCCGCUCCCUUCACUGGCUUCCUGUAGCUGCUCGCAUCCGCUUCAAGACUCUAGUGCUUGCAUUCCAUGCUACAAACGGAUCCAGUCCAGCCUACAUCCAAGACAUGAUCAAAACCUACACCCCAGCCCGCCCACUGCGCUCUGCAUUGGCAAACCGACUUGCUGCCCCCUCACUGAGAGGAUCGCAGAGGCAUUCACAGAACUCGAGACUGUUCACUGUCCUAGCUCCCAAAUGGUGGAACAAGCUCCCCAUCGACAUCCGGACAGUGGAAAGCCUCCACAUCUUCCACCGCCGACUAAAAACACAUUUCUUCCUUGACUAAGACGACGACAAAAAAAAACAAAAAAAAAAGAAAACACUUGCUUAUACAUCGCACUUUUAACUAGCACUUUAUAGUUUGGCUUAAAUGUCAGUUUAUUUGGGAACAUUGUUAAAUGUAUUUGGUGUUCAGUUAUAUAAAAAGAA